AACGUUAAAAUUUUUUAAGUUAAAUUAAUAAAGAUGACAGGAAAAACACUAGAAAUUGUUAAUAGUGAACAAGCACCACCACCUAUUGGACCAUACUCUCAAGCCAUAAAGGCAAAUGGACUGAUAUUUUGUUCAGGACAAUUGCCAGCGCUAGCAAAUGGUUGCUUAGUAACGACCAGUAUUAAGGAACAAACGAAAGCUUGUUUAGAUAAUCUUCGUCAUGUUCUAGAGGCGGGAAAUUCAAGCCUUGAGAAGGUGAUCAAAGUAACCGUUUUUCUUAGUGAUAUGUGCCAUUUUAAAGAAUUCAAUGAGACAUAUGAAAAAAUAUUCGGUUCUCAUCGUCCAGCACGAUGUUGUGUUGCGGUUCGUGAAUUACCGAGAAGUGUAGACGUUGAAAUUGAAUGUAUUGCUAUUGAAAAUUGAAUUUGAAAUUAAUUUUAUGUAUGAAUAAAUAUUUUCGAUUUUAA